AUGAAGCUUUCAAUUCUUACCGCCGCUCUUGCCUGCACGGCCGAAGUCCUCGGCCUCACCAGCUCUCUCCAAAGAGUCACAGAGAACUGGGGCAACAACCCAACCAACAUUGAAUUCUGGAUCUACGUGCCCACAACCCUCAAGACUCGCCCAGCAGUAGUAGUAGCAGCACACUACUGCACUGGCUCUGCCUCUGCUUUUUUCAGUGGCACUCAAUGGGCAAACCUCGCCGAUCAAUACGGAUACAUCGUCAUCUAUCCCAGUGUCACAAGAAGUAGUAAAUGCUGGGAUGUAGCUAGUACCGCCAGCUUGGCCCACAACGGCGGUAGCGAUAGUUUAGCCAUCAUUACAAUGGUUAAAUGGACUCUUAAUAAGUAUUCUGGUGAUGCUGGAAGAGUUUAUCAUACCGGCGUAAGCUCCGGGGCUAUGUUGACCCAGUUAAUGAUGGGCGCCUACCCAGACGUCUUCGCCGGUGGCUGCAGUUUCGCCGGUGUACCCUACGGUUGUUUCGCCGGCAGCGGCGAAUGGAAUAACCAAUGUGCUAACGGUCAACUCGUCAAGACCGCCCAACAAUGGGGUGACCAAGCCCGUUCGGGUUAUCCAGGCUACACCGGUCCUCGUCCAAAACUUGCUAUCUAUCACGGAACAGCAGAUACAACUCUUUAUUACAACAACUUCUUGGAAUCGAACAAACAAUGGUCUAAUGUCUACGGUAUCAGCUUUACGAGAAAUGAAACGAAUAAUCCGUUGAAUGGGUGGACUAAGAUGAUCUUUGGAGAUGGAACGCAAUAUGUUGCUUAUUCUGCGGCAGGAGUAAGCCACAGUAUCCCCGUACGAGAAGCAGACUGCAUGGCCUUCUGGGGUUUGAACACUAGUGGCCCAUCGAGUUCCACAACCACAUCUUCAACAACUUCGCGGAUAGUCACAACUUCCGGCACUAGGACCACAACAGCUGCUACUACACCCGUCACUACCACUCGUUCUACGACCGCUGCCACGACUCCUGCUACGACUUCUGGUACAGGACCGGUGGUGUCUAAGUGGGGACAAUGCGGCGGCAUUGGAUGGACUGGCGGUACUACUUGUGUUUCGGGCUCGACUUGUCAGUCUCUUAACCCAUACUACUCUCAGUGCUUGUGA